AUGGUCUUGGAAAUAAUUCGUCCUAGCUUAGAAGUUGAUGAAACAAGAUCACGGCACAUUCACCCGAUGGUGCAACUAUUGAUAACACUUCGGUUUUAUGCACUGGAAUCUAUGCAGAUAGCUAUUGCCGAUUUUGCUGGAGUAUGUGUUUCGUCCGUUUGCCGCAUUAUUCAGCGUGUUUCGUUGGCAUUAGCUGAACAACGUCAGCGCUUCAUUCAGAUGCCAAGCACCCAAAGUCAAUUACUCGCUGCAAGUCGCGAUUUUUACAGCAUUGCUAAAUUUCCUCGAACUAUUGGUGCGAUUGAUUGUACACAUGUCAAGAUACAAUCACCCGGAGGUGAUCAUGCUGAGAAUUAUCGAAAUCGCAAAUCAUGGUUCUCACUAAAUGUACAAACAGUGAGUUCAGCAAAUCUAAAAGUUUUGAAUAUAGUUGCAAGAUGGCCGGGAGCAUCACACGACCAGCACAUUUUUAAUAACUCAACUUUAAAAAUGCAACUUGAACGAGGUGAUUAUGGACAUUUCAUACUUGUCGGUGAUUCCGGAUAUCGUAACACCAAAUACUUGGCCACACCUUUCCUUCGAUGUGAAUCGCCAACUGAAGCUCUGUACAACGAAAGUCAAAUUCGUACCCGAAAUGUCGUGGAACGGUCAUAUGGCGUGCUGAAGCGUAGAUUUCCAGUUUUAUCUUUGGGUAUGCGUGUUAGAAUAUCUACAGUUCAACUAAUUAUUGUAGCUUGUGCGGUAUUGCAUAACAUAGCAAUUGAUGCAAAGGAAUCUGAACCACCUGAAGAAAUUGAAGGUUUUGAGGAAAUGUUAACCGCGACUAUUGUUCCGGAUUGCCCAAACAUGGAGAGGCAACAGGUUGUGUUCGUGAACAUUUAG